AUGAGUCAGUUCCAAGAUGGAACGAAUCCAUCCGGUCACGGCCGGGAUGAUCCAUUCUGGGCCCCUGGAACCGUCAAUCUUAACGAAUUGAACGAGUCUGGCACGGGGGUUAUUCUUCAUCCAAUCCCAACCUCUGAUCCGAAUGAUCCUCUGAAUUGGUCUACGUGGCGGAAGGCGGUCAAUUUUACCAUCGUAUCCUUCUAUGUCCUCAUGACUUUUGUUCUGCUCGACAUCUCAUUCACGGCGUGGGGGGCAUAUGAAGAAGAGCUAGGCUUCUCCAUCGGCGUGUUGAAUGCUGGUGCAGCCUUCAACUAUUCUGGCUUGGCUGUCGGGUGUUUCAUCUUCGUUCCUCUAGUACAGAAGUAUGGACGGCGCCCGUUUUAUAUUCUCAGCACCUCAGUCCAAGUCGCGGCCAGUAUCUGGGCCGCCCGGACGCAAACCAAGGCAGAUUUUUGGAUCAGCAACUUAUUUGCCGGGCUCGGGGGCGCUAUCAGUGAGUCCAUUGUGCAAAUUACUAUUGCCGACCUUUUCUUCGUCCACCACCACGCCGUCAUGAACGGCUGCUAUCUUUUUACCGUUGCCACUGGGGCAUUCCUCGGCCCAGUGGCCGCAGGAUACGUGGUUCAAAGUCAGGGUUGGAGAUGGAUAUGGUGGUGGUGUACGAUUCUGCUCGGCGUAGGCCUGGUGUUCAUCCUCUUCUUCUUCGAGGAGUCCAAGUACUUACCCGCCAUAGAGGGACACGCUGAGUCCCCAAACCCUGCCACUCUUGAAAAACAGCCCGGGCAGUAUGGACCAGAGAUCACGCCACAGGAGGUGCUGUCCUCUCCUCAAAAGGAUAUCGGCAAGCCAGUGGAGCGGACAAAAUCAAACGUCGUCCUGGAUGCCGCAAUCCCCAUGAAGCCCAUAAGUAAACGCCUGGCGCUACUUACCAAAACAGAGGGCUCAAUCUAUGGCGAUAUAUUACAGCCCUUCAGGCUACUGUUUACCUUUCCCGCUAUAGCUUACACGGCUCUAACAUAUGCUGCAACCCUUGCCAUGUUUGCUAUUGUUACGUCUGUCCAGGCAACAUAUCUGCUGGAGCCGCCAUACAACUUCACCUCCUCGGGCAUAGGUCUUAUGAGCGUUGCGCCGUUUAUAGGAACCUUUCCUGGCAUUUUUGUUGGCGGAUAUCUGAACGACAAGUCGAUUGUAUGGCUGUCCAAGAGGAAUCAUGGGGUUUACGAGCCGGAAAUGCGGCUGUGGCUGGCGUUGCCCUCGGCUAUCCUCAUGCCUUCUAGUCUUCUCAUGGUUGGAUUGGGCAUAGCAUAUGUAAGCGACCCAAAAGAAGAGAGAGCAGAAAACGGAAACGUUGAGCUGUGCAGGCAAAAACUCUAA